UAUAAGGUUCUCUUCUGUACCCCUUGCACUUCAAGUUGCAAUUUCAACUCGCUCUUCUUUCGCUUCUCCCACUUUCUCUCUCUAAAACACACACACGCACAAACACACACACUCUCUCUCUCUAUAAAUUUGUGCUUGCUGGAUUAGGAUGUCUCUUGUGGCUUCACAGAUCUCCUCACUUUGCUGAAAUUUCCUUUUGAAGUCCCAUCACGAACUCAUAAGGUAGCUUUUCCCAUUCAUAUGCGAUUAAGGCAAGGAUGAUGAUGAUGAUGAUGAUGAUAAUGAUGACAACGAUGGUAAGGUGAAUGAGGCUUAAGGAGUUUACAGCAAGGAGCAUAAGACGCUCCACAGAUCUCUGCACAUCAAUAUCGACUGCUUUCCUUAUUGGGUUCUAUCCUAGAAACGUAAUCAGAUAUAUUUUAUGAUCCAAGCGUUUCUAGUUUUAGAUCUGGUACUCUGAUUGUGGACAUUCAGUAAAAAUGGAUAGGUCAGACACAGCAGGCUUUGUGAGUGGUGGAGGUAGCUUAUUAAGAUUUCUCCAACUAGUUCUUUUAGUCCUGAUGUAUAGGUCUUCAAGGAGCAAGUAAUAAACCUUGUUUUGCUAUUUGGGCCCCUUCUUCCUCAGUAAAAUAGUGUGAACAGCAUCUAGAGAAUGGAUCUGAACAAGAAAAACAUGAUGUUUUCAUGUAGAAGUGAGCUCAUGAAAAAUAACAACUAUGGUGAUACGACUUUACGUUUGGAUUGCUUUGGUUAUGGAGGUAGCAGAAGUGUUGGAUUUGGGAGUACCCAGAGUAACCCUGGAGAUUGGGUAGUUCCUUCAAAUGCUGCUGAUGAUGGUUGCAGGUUGGUACUUGGCUUGGGUCCAACACCAAGUACAUACUCUGAUGAUUAUUACCCUGUUGGGGUAAAUAAAAACAAAGGAUCAGCCACCACAUUGCGCCGAGGGCUGCCAUCGGAGGGUGAUUCAAUCCUAAAACUUGGCCUUUCUGGAGGAAUUGAGGAAGUAUCAGGUGGGCUUGAAUAUUCAGUAUCAUCUCAGGGUGAUUUGAGUACACCUCGUCACCCUAACCAAACAUCCAUUGGUGGUAAUAGACUUGUGAUUCCUGUUGUGGAUGAAGGUUCUACCACAGCCAAGAAAUCUGGUGGCUAUAUGCCAUCACUUAUUCUAGCUCCUAGAAUGGAUAGUAGCAAAAUUUUGUUUCAAAAGCAAGAACUUUUAGAGUGUGGUGCCAAAUCCCAUUGCCAUCCUUUGUUGAGCUCUGAACCUUCUGCUGUCACAAAUUACUCGGUGGAAACUUUCUCUGAGCCUGGAACUUCUGGGACAUCGUCUGAUUACAGAAGUAGUAAUCCUAAGAAAUGCAAGUUUAUGGGGUGUUCAAAAGGGGCACGCGGGGCAACAGGCCUUUGUAUUGGUCAUGGAGGCGGACAGAGAUGCCAGAAACCAGGUUGUAGCAAAGGUGCUGAGAGCAAAACGGCCUACUGUAAGGCUCAUGGAGGAGGGAAGAGGUGCCAGCAACUAGGAUGCACUAAAAGUGCCGAGGGGAGAACAGACUACUGCAUUGCACAUGGUGGUGGGAGACGUUGUGGGCAUCCAGCCGGGUGCACUAAGGCAGCACGAGGGAAGUCGGGGCUUUGCAUCAAGCAUGGUGGGGGUAAGCGGUGUAAGGUCGAUGGCUGCACCCGUAGUGCUGAGGGGCAGAUUGGCUUGUGUAUUUCUCAUGGGGGUGGUCGUCGUUGCCAGUUCGAAGGUUGUAACAAGGGUGCUCAAGGGAGCACCAUGUUUUGUAAGGCACAUGGUGGUGGAAAACGUUGCAUAUAUGCAGGUUGCAGCAAAGGUGCCGAAGGGAGUACACCACUUUGCAAAGCACAUGGUGGUGGAAAGCGCUGCCUCUUUAGUGGUGGUGGGAUCUGCCCCAAGAGUGUACAUGGAGGCACAAAUUUUUGUGUUGCCCAUGGUGGUGGAAAGAGGUGUGCUGUUUCAGGGUGCACAAAGAGUGCACGUGGCCGUACUGAUUGCUGUGUUAGGCAUGGAGGAGGUAAGCGUUGCCGGUUUGAAAACUGUGGGAAGAGUGCCCAAGGGAGCACAGACUUCUGCAAGGCUCAUGGUGGGGGAAAGCGAUGCAACUGGGGAGAGGGAAAGUGCGAGAAAUUCGCAAGGGGAAAGAGUGGGCUGUGUGCUGCUCAUAGCAACAUGGUUCAAGACCGGGAGACAAAAAUGGGGGGUAUGAUUGGCCCCGGACUCUUCCAUGGCCUUGUACCUUCAUCCUCAGCUGCUGUGAGCCACUCAGGUGGAUCUGUUCUCUCAGAUUCUAUGGAUUCACUGGAAAUGCCAACCAAAAGACAACAAUUCAUACCUCCGCAGGUAUUGGUUCCUUUAUCAAUGAAGUCCUCCUCAUCUUAUUCAAGAUCGUUUAAUGAGAAGCAAGAGCAAGAAAACAUCAGGGGCAGCAUUCGUGGUGGUCAUGGGGGUGACAUUGUGAUUCCCGAAGGGAGGGUCCAUGGCGGUGGUCUCAUGUUAUUGUUCGACGGAAACCUGAAGAAUGCAAUUGAUGGCAUCUGAAGUUUCAUGGUCGCAUUGGAUUGCCCAUUUUUAUGUUGUUGAUUAUUUAUUUUUCAACAAUGGAAUUGUGUAUAAAUGUUGAAUUGUCUGUUCAGUGACUUACAGAUUGUACCUGUUUGAUACACUUCUUGUUAAUAAUAUUCUGUUGUAAAGGCGCUCUUGCACUUCUCUUUAUAA